GCUCUCUAAUGUUUUGUUUCAAAAAAAAGAGUGGCUGGGAUACUUGCUUUUUCCCACAUGACAAUUUUUGUACACUUUGCUGUGUGGCUUUCCCUGAUGGAGACCCUGGCUGGUGUAAGGGCAAAUUGCUACAUAGUCGCAUUGGUUGCAGUAUCCUCUUAAAGUUGGCAAUAUAAUAAAAGAAUUCGAAAGUACUGAGGACCGACUUCAAACCACAUUGGAGAAAGAAAUUGCAGUAUGUAUGAAUACAAAAUUUGUGACCACCGCUGUCAUCAGUUGGUUUUUCUAACCUUUACUGCACUAAGAAUUAAAGACUGGGUGAUUUAGGGUUAGUUCUCAUGAACUGCAGCCCAUUUCUUGCAGAAGCCCACAGAAACAUGAAAUCUGCACUUGGUUAUAAAGACAGCUAUUGGAAGUGAGGGUGAGCUACAUCCUGCUGCUGGUAGGAGCUUAGAGGCAGACAUCCACUGCCCUCCAGGGAAAGGGUUCCUUGUCUACUUAAAGAGAAUGUAUUCAACUUGGAACAGCACAGUUUUUCUGAAGAUGUCUUUCUAAAACAAAAAGAAAUUAUGAAGAAUUAACUUACAAGGUGAUGCAACAAGACAGUAGACUGCAUUUCUACUAUUAUUGGUGUAAUAGGUACCUGAACAUCUGAUCCUGCCAUAAAAAUUAUCUUCUCAAAACUAAUCUUCUCUUUUACUUUGCAGACCAUGUUAUCUAAAGGAAAAACAUAGCAACCCUGGCAGGUAAAUUGCCCAGCAUUGUGUCAUCAAGUAUCACCUCCCAUUUAGUUUUCUAUAAAAGCCAUUAGCUAGCAAUGAUCACAGUGAUAAGGCAGCUUACAGUAUCCUUUCCCUCCUUACUGAAAUAAGCACAGCCUCAUGGACCAGCUGGGGAGAUUCACUCAAUUUGAUGCUGAAGAGCAAGCAGGAAGGACCAGGACCUUAAUAAUCAGAUGUUUAGCGUUUUACAGCAUCCUGUGCUAUGUCAAAAAUCCAAUCUUUUCCCAUGGAAAUGGAACUACUCAUUUAUAUUGGAAAACUGGAUCAGAUUCGACUGUACUUAACAAAGAAACUUCUGCCACGCUUGGAAGACAGAAGGAAGUAUCGUCAGGAGUUUGCCUCAUCCACAUCGUUCCAUGGAGUGCAUAAAAUUGUUCAAACACAGAGCAGCACACGCAGAGUGCUGUGGCUGCUAGUAGUCACAGCCUGUCUUGGCAUCGUCAUCUGGCAGAUCUGCAGUCGCUUUAACUACUACUUCAGCUGGCCAACCACCACUACAGUGGUAGUUCAGCAUGUGGAAAAUGUCAAAUUCCCUGCUGUGACUUUUUGCAACCUGAACAGGUUUCAAGCUCAUGCAGUGAGUAACCUUCAAAUCAUUUUUUCCCUUUGGAACAUUGUGUUUGGAAUUGUCCAAACAUUUUCUAUGGAAGACAAAUAUUUCCAAGAGCUAAAUGGCUUCCUUCUUGGAAACCAAAACUUCAGCAUUAAAGAGUUCACAAGGGAAAACGGAUUUUAUCUGAAUGGCAGCACACUGCUAGAAUGUGAAUUUUUUGGGAAGACAUGUCACCCAGAGGAUUUUGAACACAUUUUCACUGAAUAUGGAAACUGCUUCACUUUUAAUCACAACGACCUUCCAGCAAGAAGUGUGAGCUUGUCUGGAAGAGGCUUACAUUUACUUUUUGAUGUCCAACAGAAGCAAUUCACCGAUGACCCUGCCCUCGGUUACACUGAUGCUGGUAUCACAUUUGUUAUCCAUUCACCCAAGGAGAUGCCACGCUUUGAUGGGUUAGGUUUGCUAACACCAGUCGGCACGCAUGCGCAGGUCGCGAUUCAGCAGCUGAAGUCAAUCAUUCAAGAAUAUCCAUGGGGAGAGUGCAAGCCUGAUAUCAAACUUCAGUACCAGGAUAUUUACACUACUAAUGGCUGCUUGCAGGAAUGCAAGGCCUGGUAUAUACAGGAUUGGUGCGGCUGUUCACCUUUUAUCCUUCCAGGAAAUGGAAUAGAGUGUGAUUUAAUGAAGUCUUACAAUUGUGUUUAUCCUGCAAUCCAUGAUAUAGAGGUAAAAGGAUUAUGUACAGUAGGAACCCACAACUCCACUUGCCCUGCCCCAUGUGAAGAAACACAUUACCCUACCACUGUCACCUAUUCAAGUUUUGGAGGAGAAAAUGCCAUUAAAUACAUUUCUGCAAAGCUGAAGAAGAGUCCAGAGUACAUCAGGAAGAACCUUGUGACUAUUGACAUUAAAUACGAUGAUCUGAGCUACAGAAUAACUCAGCAGCAGAAGGCCUUGACCAUACCUGAGUUGCUCGCUGAUGUAGGUGGUCAGCUUGGAUUGUUUUGUGGUGCCAGUAUGAUUACACUCAUAGAACUGCUCGAGUAUAUUUUUACCAAUUUCUUCUGGAUGUGCCUCUUUCUUCUACUGAAAGCUCCUGAAAUACCUCAGUGGAAUAAUCCACCCCAUGACCAACCAACGCACGUGGAAAAAAAGAGGAGAAUACAGGAAUGUUAAUGGCUUGGAGAGACACAAAACUAGUUGUUUCUCCAACUUCCCUUCAUCUCUAAAAUAUAAAGGAGACAGUAAUACCUUCCACCGCACCCUUCCCUUGUACUCCUUAUCCUUCCUGUUUUAUUUAGUGCCUACUAUUUAACUGUGCUAGAUAAUUUUAAGGAAAGAACUUUGGAAAGCCUCACCUUCUUCAUAUAAAGAAAAAUCUAAUACUUACCUAAGAUUUUAUUUUAAAUUGCCAUUUUAAGAAAAAAAUCAUAGAAAAACACUACAGACAUUCAAUGCAACCUUGUACUUUUGACUUAUGCCUUCUGGGUAAAGAGAAAUAACACUCAUGCUAAAGUAUUACACCAGAAGUUCCCUAACCAUUAUAAAGAUGUAUAUUGCUGUGCUGAAAAAAAGUAGAUUCCUUAUUACUGACAAAGGCUUCAUUAUAAGGCUUACUUCUUCCAGCAAAGGACAGUGUAGCUUUGCCUAUCAGAAUCAGGAAGGUGCCUAGCAUCAAUAAAUUCUACAGCAAAUUGUCUGUUUGCCAGUAAAUGGAAAACAAACAUCUCAUGAGUCUGCCAACUACUAAAAAUGCAAAACUGAGAAACUUAGAGCAACGUAGUUAGCAAGAGGAUUAACACAGGCCAAGUUCACACUGUUGGACUCUGGAGACAGCAAACAAACUUGCUUUCCCUCUAUUCUUUUUAAUGAGCAUCCACAGCUGUAAGACAUACAGCAGAAUUAUAAUUUAAUCACAGAAAAGAUUCAUUUGUUAAGGCAAUGGAGGUACUGACCUCAUAUUUUAUAGGCUCUACUGACAGAGUUAUCACUGCUGGAGGCAAUAGAACUUAUGGAUGGCUCAGUAGGACUGAGCAGCAUAAUUUCAAUGUUAAAUGGAUAAAAAAGAUGAAAUGCUUAAUUUAAUUCUUACUCUUGCUUUUAGUAGGAUUUAUGUGGCUUCAGUGCUGAAUCAUGCUUUCCAUGUUUUGUUGCUCUGGAUUUUCUCUCUCUAGAUUUUUGUUGUGUUUCCCUGUGCACAAUAUUCAUUUUCACACUCUUGGGCAGCAGAUCAGAGUAUCAGAGUACAAGAAAGAAAGCCAUAUAAUCUAACAGAGAGAGAAUCUGUAAUGAAAUUUUGUUUGGGGGGGAGGCUGGAAAUGCUUUGAGACUUGUGUCACAUCUUCUGAAAAGUUUCACUGGCCAAUUUCCCUUUUUUUAAAAACAAAAACAAAAAACAAACUACAUUCACAAGAUUACUGCUGCAAUGUAUGUGUCAGACAUCUCUAAAGGAGCAACAGAGAAGUAAGGAUUUAUUCAAAGAGAAAAGGAAUGAUCUGGACUAAAGAACCC